CCUAGAGUGUCCUGUCGAUUCUCGAUCAUAGUAGUCCGUCCGUCCAUCGAAGAAGCUCCAGAGACUCCAGAAACGACGAUGGUGCAAGAGGAAGCACACCCAUCUCCGGAAUCCGGCUGUGGGCCGGACAAGGACCACCACGGCCGAGGAUCUCUGGCAUCAUCCGCUUCGUCUCUGUCGUCGUCGUCGUCGUCGUCUCUGUCGUCGUCGUGGAAGUCCCGGAUCCUGUCGCCCUUUCGCUCCGGAAGCGGCAGCGCAAGCGCAAGCGGAAGCAGAAACAGAAACGCAAGCGAACCCGCAGACCCGACGCCGGCAACCGUGUCCUUUGUGGUCCUGUGCAACCCCCGGAGGAUCUGCCACGGGGCCAACCUGUACGGGAACCGCAGCGGGGGAGAGAAAGGCGGCGGCGAGCCGGAGGGACCCGGAGCCGCCUCCCCCCGGGUGCGCCACGGCCGGAGGAAGCUCUCGGACCUGGUGGGCGUCCGGCUGGCGAGGAACGAAGCCACGAAGCGCUUCGAGGUGGCACAAGAACCCCAGGAGGAACCCAAGGCGCCAGAAGAACCCGAAGCAGCGCCCGGAUCCCCCCUUGCGGAACCGGCGAGGCUCCUCCCGGGGGGCCUCCCGGCCUACCUGCUCCCGUCGGAGGGGGACGUCCUCGAAUCGAUCGACGGAAGGCCGGUCCACGGGAGGCGCUGCUGGGACGAGGAGGCCCUGUACCGGGCGAUCGUCGAAAAGGCCGAGUCCGCCCUCGCGGCUCAGGGGGACCCCCCGUUUGUGUCCGUCACGCUGACCUUUUGCCGCUCCGGAACGGCCCUCGAGGACUGCGGGGGGCCGGAACCGCCGCUGCAGCCGGACGAACGCGAAACCGAGAUCGAAACCGAGAACGAUGACGAUGACGAACCCGAGAUCGAAGCCGAAACGGAUGCGCCCGGGCCGGAAGCCUCCCGGCCGCUGCCUCUGGAUGCCUGUCCCGCGCCGAUCGUCCACCAGGUCUUUCUGGUCGACCAGACCGGCCGGAGCAUUUCCGCCGUCCUGGGGGAAAGGGAGGACCACCCCUUUCUGAGGCUCGACGUCUGCGAACCAAAGGCGGGCCGCAAGCCCAAGCGGACCACCGGCCCCUCCCGCCUCCGCAUCCGGUCCGUCCCGGAAAGCAGCUGGCUGUCGAAGCAGACCCGCGUGCGGCCCGGGGACCUCCUUCUGGAGGUCGACGGGGUUCCAUGCGGCAACGGGGAGAUUGCCCCGGACGAAACCUCCCUCCUCUGGGCGACGGCCCUCCUCAAGGCGGCGGAAGGGGGCUCCUGCCCGGGCAUCUCGGUGGCCUCCAAGGCCCCCACGAGGGUGGCCAGGAUCCGCAGGGCGGCCGUCACGGUCGGCGGGGGGGCCCUGGUGGGGACCGGGGCCGUUCUGAUGGCCACCCCGCUGCACCCGGUCGGCCACGCCAUGGCCCUCUCCGGCCUGGGCGUCCUGGGAACCGAGUUCGAGGCCCCCCGAAAGGCCGUGGCCGGCCUCCGCAGCAGCUUCUCCAAACGGCGGCCGUCGGCGGCGGUGGGGAAGAGCGGUGGUGGCGGGAACGACGGCGGCGGCGGCGGCGAAGACCACCCUUGCGCCGAAGCAACGGCGGCAAGCACUGCCACCGCAAGCAAGGACGAAAGCGAGCCGGCGGCAGCUCCGUCCGAAAACGCCUGACACCACCACCACCACCACGGUCCGGCGGUGGCUGCCAGCUGUGCUACGGAAAGGAUGGAUCGGUGUGUUCUGCGCGACAGCACAACCCCAGUGACAAACCACCAGCACCACGGCCCGACGCUAGCUACGAAUCGAUUUGUGUCAUGAUACAAGAUAUGGCAGUAGUGGGGUGUCAACUUUUUGAAUACGAAACAGCUACUGUAUUCGCGUGGUGGAUUUGGGAGGUGGUGCCUCGGAGGAACCCCAGACGCACCCAUCCAAUCAUCACCGGGCCAUCGCGCAUCGCGCAACCGCAUGCGGCAUGGGCCCGGUUUCCACCACCGCGUGGGUCGAUGCGGCAUGGGCCCGGUUUCCACCACCGCGUAGGUCUGCUGCCGUGCCUCGCGCUCCGUGCAAUCCAGCAACGGCAACGGCACUGCGAGGCAAGGCAAGGCAAGGCAAGGCCAUCCCGUACAGAAGUGGUGCCCGAAUGCAACACCAUUUGAUUCGAAAAAAAAAAAAAAAACAUUAUAGAACC